CAAACAAUUAUCUGUUUUUUAGAAAACGUUGGCAAAGAGGCGAUAAUAAGAGUAACAGACUGGCUUAGAGGAAUUUGGGAGAUGAGAAGGAACGGUGGACCAGUACAGCAAUGGGUUGACUCCAUUCCAUCUCCCACAAAAUCUUCAAUCGACAUUCACAUUGAGUCUCAUGACAGUUCAUCGUCAUUAAUACCUGAAGAACACCAUCACUUGAAAAAAGUGACAUCACUCAAGAAUCCAAUUAUGACUUUAUCAGCUCCCAGUUCACCCGCAAUAGCGAUGUCAAGUAUUCCAAGUUUCCCACGCAGUAGAUUAGUACGAGAUCCGAGUUUACAAUCUGACAGCAGUCACUGCAGCAGCGUGGAAAGUCUUUUGGAGUUACGUAAACCAGAUCCAGAGGCUAUUCUCUUAGGACUGGGAUUUGGCGGUGGUUCCAACAAUUCACAAGCAGAAGGUCCACUUUCAAGAAUUCCAAAAAGAUUUUUACAACCGUCUAAAUUACGCGGUAUCGCCAUUGAUGAGUUUAUGAGACAGCAACAAGAGACUAACGAAUCAAUUGAUACUGCGUCUUUGGGAUACCGCGGACUCACUGGAUCGCCAUAUGUAGCGCCAUCAGAAAUAGUUCAGAAGAUUAUGGAGCGGUUACGAGAACACGAGAGUCAUGAAUCCGACGUACAAUCAAUCUGUAAUAACAAUAAUAACUGUAAUACGGAAUCAUACAACUCUCAAGCAAUACCGGAAGUUCGACUCUCUGUACUAUCGCCCAACAAUAGACAAUUUCUGGAGCGAGAACGUUCACGAAGUCCUGACAUGCGAAACAAACGAAUGAUAAUAGGACAAAAAUCUUUUGCUUUUAAUGGAGACGGUGAUCUUAUAGAAAUAAUAAAUUCCAAAAAUCACCGAGAUUCUACUAGUGAAAAUUCAACUGACUCUAAAAAUGAUCUAAAAAAUUCCUAUACACCAAGCUCAAUUACUGCUCAUCCAGAUUAUACUUUUCAAAAGUAUGAUAAUGAAAAAACAGAAAAAUUAAAAAGGAAAAUAACAAAACAAAAAUCUGUUGAAGAACUUUUUGAUUCUUCGUUAUCAGAGUCUGAUUUUAGUUUGAUAGAACCUAAGUUUUCUGAAGAUGAUUUUAAUUCUAAUAACAAUUUAAAUACAGUAGAAAAUAAUUCAAGACAAUCGCGGAAAUAUAUACGUGGAGUUAGAAGUAAAAAAGAACAUGAGGAAACGCCUAGUAACAUUCGAAGAGCCAGCGACGGUGCUCAUAUUGUCGAUGAGAAACAUUCGAGUCAUAGCAGUGAAGAGGGCCGACGAUUUAGCGAUGGAAUUAUAAAGUCAACUUUAAAACCAGCUUCUGACAGAAGACGCAGUUUUCGACGACAAGCAAGAAUCAAUGACGUCGAAGCAGCGUCUUAUGAAAAUGAUUGUAAUCAUUGUGAACGAUUAGAAUCAGAAGUCAAGUCAGAACUGUCUUGUAAUUUGGAAAGACGUGAUCUUUGCUGUGAAAGCGAUGAAUCAGAACAAGUUUGUAGGCAUGACGCAGAAUCUAAAGACUGUUGUUGUCACGCAAGCAAUACUAGUUGUUGGAGAAAAAUGCGUAAGAUGAUGAAGAAAAAUCAAAAAUUAGAAAAUAUGGUUGUAAAGAGUAGACAAGAAAUGGCGGAAAUACGAGGAAUGCUUAGCACGGUUUUAUCAGUAAGAAUGGAACCUGGUUUUUAA